GAUCGCUGAGAAAUGGCAAUGAAAUGUGCAGGUUGCGUCUUGGUUCGGCCACUUUCCCGCGAAACCUGGCGGCGAGAGCACUUCUUUUGCUUCUCCAACUCUUUAAGGCUAAAAUCAGUCUUCUCGGGCGCCGAGAAAGCCUCGGAUCGCGGCGUUCGGUGGCCAGGAGGGCGGGCAAUGCUGCAUGCGUGGCCGCUGGGUCUCCGAGGCUGUAUACGUACCGUGUUAUCGGGGCGGGGACGGGGAAACUUCGGGCCUGUUGCGGCGGCGAUACCGCAUAUACCGCCCGCUAGACAUCACCACAUGGAUACGGGGUCGGGUUACGAGGAGGCUGUUCAGGCGUUGAACACUCUCCAGACCAAUGCACAGACGCUGGAGAGGAUUCGCAGGGAGCGGGGGAGGAACGCUCACAACAGCCUCCCUCAGAUGCAGGCUUUCAUGGACAGAGUGGGGAUCACAUUGGACGAAAUUGACGGUUUGUCGGUGAUCCAUGUAAGCGGCACCAAGGGAAAGGGCUCUGUAUGUGCCAUGUGUGAGAGUAUCCUAAGGGCUCACGGCUACAAAACUGGGUUUUAUAGUUCGCCACAUCUAGUCCAGGUUCGUGAGCGGAUCAGGAUAAACGGGCAGCCCAUCUCCCGCGAUGACUUCAGCAAGUACUUCUGGUCCUGCUACAACAAACUGGCACAGACUAAGGAUGCCCACAGCGGCACCAUGCCUGCGUAUUUCCGCUUCCUCACCAUCAUGGCCUUUCAUGUCUUUAUAGAAGAAAAGGUUGAUGUUGCAGUGAUAGAAGUUGGAAUUGGUGGGGCCUAUGACUGUACAAAUAUUGUCAGGUCCCCAGUUGUUUGUGGAAUCACUUCUCUGGGUCUGGACCAUUUACCUCUUCUGGGGGACACUAUAGACAAGAUCGCUUGGCAUAAGGCUGGCAUCAUCAAGACUGGCAUCCCCGCUUUCACAGUGGAACAGCCCGAAGGAGCUAUAGAAGUCAUAGCCAACCAGGCCAAAGAAGUCAAGGCCCCCCUGCACCUGAGUCCCAGUCUGGACAUGUAUGACUGGGAGGGACGUGAGGCUAAGCUGGGCCUGCCUGGUGAUCACCAGCGCAUCAACGCCACCCUGGCCCUACAACUCUGCCACACAUGGCUACAGAGGAGGGCGGAGACUCAAGAAAUAGACAGCAUAGCCAAUGGGGAGCUGGAGGCCACGAGUAGUAGUGAGGGAGCCAGCAGCCCCGCAAAUGAGGAGGACAAAACCGACAUCGUCCCCACAGCGCAGCCGUUUGCCAUCACUGAGCGUUUUGCUCAAGGUUUGGCAGGGAAAUGUGUUGAGUCGUGCCUGUGGCCGGGACGUAGCCAGACACUGAAGAGGGGCAACGUGACGUACUACCUCGACGGAGCGCACACACAGAGGAGCGUCCAGGUGUGUGUGAAGUGGUUCCGUGAGACAGCCCUGACGGAGGAAAAGACGAUCGCCGGGCCGGUGGCGAGGGUUCUGCUGUUUAAUGUGACGGGGGACAGGAAUCCCCUGUCUCUGCUCAAGCUUCUCAUGCCCUGCCAGUUUGACUGUGCCGUGUUCAGCCCCAAUAUCGCAUACCUGGACGUAGGAGCAUCAGCAGAUCAAACCAACUACACAGUCACCAACGAGACACAGCUCUCAAGAUGUAUGGUGGAGAAGACUCUCUGGGAGGAGCUACACCAACAGGACGCCGUCCAAUCAGAAGUGCCCUUACAAACCAGGAGUCCCGUGGACAACCAAUCAGGCGACGGUUUACAGGUGGAUUAUGUAGAGAAGGCAUGUUGUACCUCAAACGGGCCAAUCAAGAGGGUGCAAGUCGGGGCAAGCGGAUCUGUACCAUCGAAAUACUACUGCACAGAUAGUACUAUUGUAGCAGGGAAUAGCAGAGAGGAAGGAAGAUCAGAAGAAAAAUUAGACUCCCCCAAAGCGCGCGUCUUCCCCUGUAUCAGUGACGCUCUUUCCUGGGUACAGCACGGAAAGGACAAGGAGCUGUCAAGGUCGAACUCUACGCAGUGCCAUCCUCACUCCUCAUUGGAUGAGGCAGUCCACAUCCAGGUGCUCAUCACCGGCAGCUUGCACCUGAUUGGUGGAGCCCUGAAAGUCCUGGACCCAUCCAUGUCGGACUAGAAACUGUGUCACUUUUGGAGUAUUUUGACAUCAUUUGUGACAAACAUUGUGGAGAACUUUUGGUCCAACACAAACAAGACUGGCAAUAAAAACAUACAUUGCCAUGGCGACGGUGGUUGCUGUUAGGGUUAUUGUUUGCAUGG